GUACCGCGUAGCUAGUAGUCAUCAGAUUCAUUGUCAUGCGGCAUGGCGUGCCCUCACGCCCUCAUCAUACCGGACUAGACGAGCUGAACGAGCAAGGCAUCAAAGACAGGAAACUGCUGUAGAAAGUUGAGCUCUUUUGAGCUACAAGGUGCACUUUGUACGAGGCAGGGGAAGCUCACAUCCUCUGAGUCUCUUCGCCACUUUUACUUUUGGGAAAAUGAUGAGCCAAAUGCAAGAUCAGAGGUCAUCCAAUGGGCCACGGAAGAGGCAGUUUGACGGACCUGACAGAGGCCAGGCAAAGCGGCCAGCAGGAGUUCCAGAGACCCUCUUCAGGCUUCUUGUUCCAGGCAAGCGGGUAGGGAGCUUGAUUGGGAAAGGAGGUUCAAUCAUCAAGCAGAUGAGGGAGGAAACAGGGGCACGAAUCACCGUAGCAGAUGCCCCUCCGUCUUCAGAAGAGCGGAUGGUCAUCAUCCAGGCACAGGAGGUCGUUCAAAAUGUGCAAUUUGGACCCGCGCAGCUGGCGCUCUUCAGGGUGCACAACCGGUUACUAGAAGCCAUAGCACAAGAAGCAGAAAAGACUGGGGCCGUUCCUGAUGGUGGCAGGGUCACGACGCGCCUUCUCAUCGCGGACACGCAGGCAGGGUCGGUGAUCGGCAGGAAGGGGGACAUCAUCAAGCAGAUCCGGGAGAACUCAAAGGCCUUCAUCAAAGUCCUGACGCAGGAAGAGAACCCGUCCACAGCAACGCAGGAGGAUAGGGUGGUGCAGAUUGUUGGCGAACCUGCACAAGUCCAACUUGCCCUUGAAAUUGUCUCAAAGCAGCUAAGAGAGAACCCUCCAAAGGGUCAGGGCGCAGCAGAACACCGUCUCCCAAGCGGCCCCCAGCAGCAAGUCUUCGCUCCCCCGCAGCCCUUCAUACCCUCCUCGACUCCCCUCAGCUUCGGCACCGCUUACCAGAUCGAACCCAGCACUGGGGCCCUCGUUCCUGUGCCCAUCUCGCGAGGGCCUGCUUCUGCGCCCCCCCCCUUGCGCUUCGAAGAGCAUCGGGGGGACAGAAUGUUCGCUCAAGAGCAGUUCAACCGCUCCCAGGGGGAGCCAAACAACCUGGGCGCAGUCUACGGUGCACGGGGGGACGCUCUGCUACCAAGGCGAGACGUUGGCCCCAGUGGUUUGGUUAACGGGGGGAGCUUCCCAUUGGACGAAGGAAUCAUCAACCGGACAGUGGACUACAGCCGAAUAGCAAUGAGCCGGCCUCAGGGCGAGUUCGAUCAGCACGGAGGGCAGCAACCGAGGGGCCAAGACGCUGCUUUUGAGCGGAGAGCCACUCCUCCUUGGGCUAGGGGUACAAACCCGGACCAAGCAGGGGGGCAUGGUCAGGGGGGCCUUGGUAUUGGGGUUUUGGGCGCAGGGGGGGAACUUCCCGGAGGUCCAAGUAGCGGGGUCCUGGGUACGGGAGGGUUCGGCGGAGGGUCUGGUGCGGGUCCCAGCAUUGGGUCGACUGUGAAGAUGAGCGUGAAGAUGACGAUCGCGCGAUCCAUGCUGGGCGCGGUGAUCGGGCGGAAGGGCGCGAACGUGCAGCAGAUUCGGCAGGUUUCGGGGGCCUUGGUCAAGGUACACGACAAGGAGGAGCAGCCCGUGGUGGAGAUUGAAGGCUCGAUGGAGGCCGUCACAGCAGCCCAGAAUCUGAUCCAGCAGUCCGUGAUGCAAGCGGAGCAGGACAGGGCUCGCGGAGAUCGACCGCCCCCCAGGUAUAACGCGCCGCAAGCGCCUGCGCUUGGGGGCCAGUUCGGGGGGGCGGGGUUCCAGAAUCAGGGAGGAGGCGCAAGGGCUCCCGGCUUUGGGGGGCCGCAGCGGCGAUGAUUUGUGAGCAGUAGAUGCGGAAGAUUGGAAGAUGACGGGGGAGAUCGAAUUUUCGAUGAACUCGAUUUCCAAGUGACGUUUGGUUGGGAGGCAAACGCGGGUUAUUGAGAGGGGAGAGCAUUUGUGAGGGGUGGUGUGGAGCCGCGGGGCCUCAGCAUGAUUGGCAUGCUACGGCUUGUCCCAGAUGGGUGAGGAACCGGAUGGCUGAGCUACAAGCAGAUUUCGUUGCAGCGGAAGCAGGUAAGUUUGGUGAACGCGCUUUGAUUGACUCUGGUGCAAAAGCAACUGACCAGAUCACCAAGGCCGUCUUGACCAAAGCCGUCUUGACCACCCCCCAAACGUGGAACAGACAGCGCCACUAAGUUCGACUCCUGCAGCCAAAGAGUCCGAAACCCAAUAGCCAACCCCCUCUCUAACAGUUGUAGUUAUCCCUCUUCUACCCGGGCAUCUUUCACACGAUGAUUCCAAAACCCAAGCCUUUUAGCGCAGCAGGCUGCUAUCUCAAGUAACCCCGUGUCGGACCUGACCCGGAACCCCUCCACAUUGGUGCCUAGAUCAAGCUUGCAAACCAGACGAGGGUAGAAUUGACGGUGCACGGAGGUUCCUUUCAUGUCCUGUAGUAAACAAUACACGGCCCUUUCGCCAUUCGAAUCACUCUCUGAGGCCAUCUACAUUUGUUGGUACAAGUACUUUUGCAGGACCUUGUAAACCUUUGCUUCGUAAACGUGAGUAGACCCG